AUGACCAGAAGUUACAAUCAAACUGGAACAGACAAGUAUUAUUGUUGUUUCUAUUGUUCUGGAGAAUCAAAGCCUCAACAGCUCAUUCAGAACCGUCGAUCCCAUCGGAAACAACUCCGAUCUUUGAUUUCACAAACGAACAGUAACUACUAUUACAAUCAUCUACCAGAUUCACAACAACCAUCACAUCGAAACAAGAGCAAGAACAACAACCAUUGGAUUAUCGAUCCACUGGAACAGUUAUACUUAUCUGCUCGAAGAGAUUCAAAAAAACGAAAAAGUUUGAAUUUUCAAUUUGAUGGAGAACCAACAGAGAGAAUCAUCUCGAAACAAGGAAUGAAAUGUCAGACGUAUCGAAAGGAUUUUAUGGAUUAUUUGGAGGCACGACAAGUGUCAAAAGAAAAUGUUAAGGAGAGAAUUCAGAAAGAUAAAUUUGAAGAAUGGUGUAAAGCAAGACCUUCUCAUGUGGUUAAAAGAAAAAAGAAGCAAUUGCAAAGAGAGGAUCGAAAAACAAUCUUUGAUGAAGAUAGUACAGAUAGUGAGACAGAGAAGGAACUUGAAAAGUGGACAAAUAAGAAUUAUUCAUAUGAAAUGGCUAAAUAUUAUGAAACUGGAAAGAUGAGUGUUUUGAAGGAAUAUCGACACCUGAAAUACAAAUAA